AUGAACGGUUACGGGGACCAUGGGCACGAGGAGGAUCCAUUCGGACCAUCCAAGGGCGGCAUUGUAUCAAGUUUCGAUGCGUUUCCCAAAACCAAAAAGACGUACCUCGUCCAAGGUCGCAACUCCUCCGCAUGGACAGUAACGCUCAUCCUGACAUGCAUCUACCUCUCCUGGUCCGAGAUAUCGCGCUGGUUCGCUGGCACCACCACACAGUCAUUCGCCGUCGAGAAGGGCGUAUCCCACGAUAUGCAAAUAAACCUCGACGUGAUAGUAGCCAUGCGAUGCGCCGACCUUCAUGUGAACAUGCAAGACGCUGCUGGUGACCGAACCCUGGCUGGCGAACUUCUGCGCAAAGACCCAACGUCUUGGUCGCAAUGGACUGGCAAGAACAUUGAGAGUGGAACGCACGAGUUGGGUAAAGAUGGAGGCAAACAGGCGCCUGGAUGGGAAGAGCUUUGGGACGUACACGAUCAACUGGGCAAGGCGCGCAAGAGGAAGUUCAGCAAGACACCGCGGGUGCGCGGACAGACUGAUAGUUGUCGCAUCUAUGGAAGUCUGAUUGGUAACAAGGUCCAAGGUGACUUUCAUAUCACGGCUAGGGGCCAUGGUUACAUGGAGUUUGGAGAGCACCUGGACCAUUCUACAUUCAACUUUUCACACAUCAUCCGCGAAAUGUCCUUCGGCCCGUACUAUCCCUCCCUCGUUAAUCCGCUCGAUUCUACUAUCGCUGUAACACCGACACCCGACGAUAAAUUCUACAAGUUUCAAUACUACAUCUCCGUUGUCCCGACCAUCUACACCGACGAUGCCUCGAUGAUCCCUCUCCUCCAAGCCAUCACGUCGACACAGGACCAUCCAGCCUCGAAUAUCUUCCACACCACGCACGCCAUCAAGACCAACCAAUACGCCGUUACCUCCCAGUCCCACAAGGUCCCGGAAACCUACGUACCCGGCGUGUUUGUCAAGUUUGAUAUCGAACCGAUUAUGCUGGCUGUGGUAGAGGAGUGGGGAGGUUUCUGGAGGUUGAUUGUCAGACUGGUCAACGUAGUGAGUGGAGUUAUGGUGGCUGGUAGCUGGGCAUGGCAGAUGUUUGACUGGGGAAGUGAGGUUAUGGGUAAGAGGCGGAGAAGAGGCGAUGGCGUUGGUGUGCUAGGGACGCCGUCAGUGGAGAAGAAGAGCUGGGACUAA